AAUUGUUUAAGCUUUGAAGAGAUUAUGGCAAAUAAAAAGCUGAAGAGUUGUUUAUCAAUGAUUUGUGGAUUAAGCAAUAAAAACCAAAAUAUUUUAUUAAAGUUUCUUGUUAACCUGAAUCCUUCUAAAAAAUCAAAAGAGGAGUCUUCACUUUUGGUUUCUAUUUUGGAUUGUCUAUCUAAAAGUAUUAAUGGUUUUGAUGGUUUCAAUUUUUUCUACGAAUGUUUUUACGAAAGUCAAUCGUCAUUCACUGAUGAAAUAAACUCAAUUGUUGAUGAAUUAAAUAAACGAAGGUUUGGUUGGGAGAUUUCGAUUGACGAUGGAAAAACUUCUUACGCAACUUCUUGCGAUAAUUAUUUCAUAAAUUAUUACAUAAAAUCUGGAAGAAAGUUAAAGUGGUUACGUGUUAAUAAAAAUAUUUUAAUUGAUGAAGAAAAAAAUCUUUUAAUUCGUUGUUCAACUAAUGUUCGCGUUGUCAUCUUUUAUCAUCCAAUUUAUUUCAAAGGAUGGAAAUCGAAAGAUAAGAUUGAAGUGUUGUGGAUAUGGAUCUGACGUUAUUUAAUAACAAAAAAUGAUUUUAAAGAAAAUUUUCUUCCUUGGAUUAAUCUUUGUGAAGAAUUAGAUCUUCAACUUCACGACGACAUUGAUUUCUUUAAAGACAUUUGCGAAUGGAUUCGUUGUUUGAACAUCAAGAAGUUUGAGAUCAAGUACCGUGGAAAAUAAUUUCGUAACCUCGAUGAAUUAACUUUAUAACGCGGAAAAAUGUUUAAUAUUUUAAAUAUAUAAAAUAAAAACAAUAAUUAUAAAAUAA